AUGGGCCUGGACACCAUGAAGGAGAGGUCCUGCUAUAACAGGUGUAAUAGCAACCUCCCUUCCUCCAGUAUGGGCCUGGACACCAUGAAGGAGAGGUCCUGCUAUAACAGGUGUAAUAGCAACCUCCCUUCCUCCUGUAUGGGCCUGGACACCAUGAAGGAGAGGUCCUGCUAUAACAGGUGUAAUAGCAACCUCCCUUCCUCCAGUAUGGGCCUGGACACCAUGAAGGAGAGGUCCUGCUAUAACAGGUGUAAUAGCAACCUCCCUUCCUCCAGUAUGGGCCUGGACACCAUGAAGGAGAGGUCCUGCUAUAACAGGUGUAAUAGCAACCUACCUUCCUCCAGUAUGGGCCUGGACACCAUGAAGGAGAGGUCCUGCUAUAACAGGUGUAAUAGCAACCUCCCUUCCUCCAGUAUGGGCCUGGACACCAUGAAGGAGAGGUCCUGCUAUAACAGGUGUAAUAGCAACCUCCCUUCCUCCAGUAUGGGCCUGGACACCAUGAAGGAGAGGUCCUGCUAUAACAGGUGUAAUAGCAACCUCCAGUAUGGGCCUGGACACCAUGAAGGAGAGGUCCUGCUAUAACAGGUGUAAUAGCAACCUCCCUUCCUCCAGUAUGGGCCUGGACACCAUGACUACCUCAGGCAAGCAAAACCUCAAGACUUCCUUAGAUAUCGUGCAUCAGCUGUUGUUUACCAAUAUACAUAUACAGCCACCCCUUGUUUUACCAGAGGCUUCUGUUCUAUCCUGCCGAUACAGUGUAUAACCCGCCAGCUGUAUGUUAUUCAUGUCUUCGUUCAGCCACGACUCGGUGAAACAUAAGAUAUUACAGUUUUUUUAUGUCCCGUUGGUAGGAUAUUCGUGCCUGUAGUUCGUCCACUUUAUUAUCAAGAGAUUGUAAAUUGGCCAAUAGUAUCGAUGGCAAAGGCAGAUGAGCUACUUGUUGCCGGCUCCUUACCAGGCAACCCGAUCUCCUUCCGCGAUAUCUCCUUUCUUUCUACUGCGAAUGACGGGGAUGAGGGCCCUGUCGGGUGUCUGGAGCAAAUCCCUCUCAUCCGACUCAUUAAAGAAAAAUUAUUAGUCCAGUUCAAGGUGAGUAAUCGCUGUUCUGAUGUCCAGAAGCUAUUUUCGGUCAUAAGAGACGGUAGCAGCAACAUAAUGUACAGAAUAAGUUACAAACAAUGCAAAAAAACACACAAAAUAGCACAGUUGGUUAAGAGUCCAUAAAACGUCGGCCAUCCCCUCCGGCGCCAGAGUGUUUGGCAGUGAGGAGUGACAGGUGCAGAGGCCAUUUCUUGGCUUUGUUUUAGAAACCCAGUCCUCUAACACAGCCCUAACUUCCUUGCUGAUUCCAGCUGUACACAUACAGUGCCUUGCAAAAGUAUUCAUCCCCCUUGGCAUUUUUCCUAUUUUUUCUGCAUUACAACUGUGAUGGGUGAGUUGAAGGAGUCAGGCGCAGGAGGGUAAAUCACAGAAUAACAGGAUUUAUUCCGGAAAACAGAGUUACGCAGUAAUGCGUCGAAACAGUCCAGUGCGCAAAACAGGCUUACUGGAAGCAACAAGGCACCCUGGGAAAAUAACCCGGCGAUACACAAUACAAAGAGCUCCACCGAGCUUCAUUAUCCUCACAAUAAACAAAGACAAGGGGGGCAGAGGGAACACUUAUACAGGCACUGAUGAGGGGAUAUGAACCAGGUGUGUGUAUAAUGAACAAGACAAAACCAAUGGAAUGAUGAAAUGAGGAGCGGCAGUGGCUAGAAGGCCGAUGACGACGAACGCCGAAGCCUACCCGAACAAGAAGAGGUGGCAGCUUCGGAGGGAGUCGUGACAACAACCUGUAAUUUAAAUGGAUUUUUAUUUUGAUCUCAUGUAAUGGACAUACACAAAAUAGUCCAAAUUGGUGAAGUGAAAUGAAAAAAUAACUCGUUUCAAAAAAAUUUAAAAAAAUAAAUAACGGAAAAGUGGUGCGUACAUAUGUUUUCAACCACUUUGAUAUCAAGCCCCUAAAUAAGAUCUGGUGCAACCAAUUACCUUCAGAAGUCACAUAAUUAGUUAAAUAAAGUCCACCUGUGUGCAAUCUAAGUGUCACAUGAUCUGUCACAUAAUCUCAGUAUAGAUACACCUGUUCUGAAAGGCACCAGAGUCUGCAACACCACUAAGCAAGGGGCACCACCAAGCAAGCGGCACCAUGAAGACCAAGGAGCUCUCCAAACAGGUCAGGGACAAAACUGUGGAGAAGUACAGAUCAGGGUUGGGUUAUAAAAAAAUAUCAGAAACUUUGAACAUCCCAUGGAGCACCAUUAAAUCCAUUAUUAAAAAAUGGAAAGAAUAUGGCACCACAACAAACCUGCCAAGAGAGGGCCGCCCACCAAAACUCACGGACCAGGCAAAGACGGCAUUAAUCAGAGAGGCAACAAAGAGACCAAAGAUAACCCUGAAGGAGCUGCAAAGCUCCACAGCGGAGAUUGGAGUAUCUGUCCAUAGGACCACUUUAAGCCGUACACUCCACAGAGCUGGGCUUUACGGAAGAGUGGCCAGAAAAAAGCCAUUGCUUAAAGAUAAAAAUUAGCAAACACGUUUGGUGUUCACCAAAAGGCAUGUGGGAGACUCCCUAAACAUAUGGAAGAAGGUACUCUGGUCAGAUGAGACUUUUUUGCCAUCAAGGAAAACGUUAUGUCUGGUGCAAACCUCUCAUCAUCCCGAGAACACCAUCCCAACAGUGAAGCAUGGUGGUGGCAGCAUCAUGCUGUGGGGAUGUUUUUCAUUGGUAUGGACUGGGAAACUGGUCAGAAUUGAAGGAAUGAUGUAUGGCGCUAAAUACAGGGACGGACGGAGGUUCACUGGGACGGAGGUUCACCUUCCAGCAGGACAAUGACCCUAAGCAUACUUCUAAAGCAACACUCGAGUGGUUUAAGGGGAAACAUUUUAAUGUCUUGGAAUGCAAUUGAGAAUCUGUGGUAUGACUUAAAGAUUGCUGUACACCAGCGGAACCCAUCCAACUUGAAGGAGCUGGAGCAGGUUUGCCUUGAAGAAUGGGAAACAAACCCAGUGGCUAGAUGUGCCAAGCUUAUAGAGACAUACCCCAAGAGACUUGCAGCUUUAAUUGCUGCAAAAGGUGGCUCUAUAAAGUAUUGACUUUGGGGGGGUGAAUAGUUAUGCACGCUCAAGUUCUUGUUUUUUGUCUUAUUUCUUGUUUUUUCACAAUAAAACAUGUUUUGCAUCUUCAAAGUAGUAGGCAUGUUGUGUAAAUCAAAUGAUACAAACCCCCAAAUAAUCAAUUUUAAUUCCAGGUUGUAAGGCAACAAAACAGGAAAAAUGCCAACGGGGGUGAAUACGUUCGCAAGCCACUGUAUGGUGUACUAUAUAUAGGUGCACACACACACACACACACACACACACACACACACACACACACACACACACACACAGAGACAUACAAAUAUGUAUUACCACAUAGGCUAUACACAGUCACAUAUAUUAUUAGAGAUGACUGUCAAAUGGAACAUCAAGCUCCUGCUGUCUCAGCUGUUUCAGAGCACCUGCAGAUGACCACAGCAGAGAGACACACACACACACACACACAGACACACACACACACACACGCCCUUCCAUUCUUGCCUGAUGUUGUGUAGUAUAGAACUGCCAUAUUAUGAUACAUCUCAGGGUGUGGUUAUCAUUCAGAUGGAUAGAACAGGAUGACAACAAGACUACAACAUAUAGGAUGUAAUAAGAUAAAUAAAAGGCUUGAAUUACUCCAAGUAAUAUGGGUCAUGUUGUUGUCGGUAUUCCCUCAACACUAGAUCAUAAGAGAACUACUGUUGGACAUAGGCAAUAGAUUUUAUCAUCAAAACAUUAUAUAUUCAGUGAGAGUCCUCUCCAUAGAUGCAAACACAACAUAAACCACUCAAUCAAGGAUUUAAAGUCAACCAUAGAUGCAUCUAUCACUCAGGAAGCUAGCUAGAUAAUUGUGGUAUCUAAAAAUAUGUUGCUAAUUAUGCUGUGAGAACAAGGAGUCCGCUUACACUGUACUUUGAUUAUAAAGGUUUAUUAUUUCAAAGGAUUUCAGCGUAAGUUUACAGACAUCUGCAGGCAUCUGGAGAACAACGGACCCAAAAUAAUAUGUUGGUCUGUCCUCCUUUGUUUUAACCGUGGUAUUUAUAUCCUAUGCCCUAUGUAACAUAAUAUGGGUGUUUCCCAUAAACCAAUCCCAGGAGGCCACCUAACAGACUUCCUCUAACACACCAUUUGCAAACAUCAACAAAGUCAUAAACUGUUUAAACACUACAUAAUGUCCACAACUCUCACUUUUUUCACUGUUUCACAGUUGGGUCCUCCAUUCCAGCGUUUUGGCUUAAUGCCACUACUACAGUAUACCCUUUGGGUUUCCAAAACAUUGCCAUUGAGCAUGACAUCUCUCUGCACAGCUGUCAAAUGUAUCUGGAAUUCCACUGAGCCAUUUGAUUUUGCUGUGAGCAUAGUAGGAAAUAAAAAUGUAUUGCAAACCAUUUAUCCACAUGCUCUAUGAGAUAGACACUUGUAUUAUUCUCAGAGCAGUUUCCGGUGGUCAGACUGCCACUGUGUCACACUAGACAUAGGCCCUUAAAGAACGAUAUAACAGUCUAGUCCUAGCACAACCUUUCAAGGAAUAGAAAGCAAUCGCAGCCUUUUGACAUACCCCUCUUGCACAAUAUUAAUGAUCUCCUUCCAACAUGCCAGCACGGCCCAACAUACACACUCUCUACUCUCCUGCUGUGUGCACUCCGUAAAUGACGUGUGUAGGAUCAGCAGUAGCUGCCAAGAAUCAACAACCCACAUUAGUAUUAUUACAGUGACCUCGACGGACUGUACUUUGUAGUUUUUAAACCGGUAUGUCAGAUGAGGAGUUGGUAGGCGGAAAAGAAAGAGCGCGUUCGAGGAGCUUCGCAGUUCUGGUGGUGGCGCCCCUCCCCUCAGCGCGUUUGUAAUUCCUGCGCUCUCUUGCGAGAGAGUGCUCGCAGUUGUCUUGCCUUGCGCUCUGUCGCCGUUCACUGUCGUCGAGUGCAACGAACGGUGGUGGACUUUUACUGUGACAGCGAACGAACCAGACGGAGUGUCAUUUUGCAGAGCCGGAGAGCUUUGUUUGAGACUGAGGAACAGGGACUUCUGACUCGACAGUCUCAACCGCUCUCCGUUCGGCUGUGUAUGUAGCCUAUGUUUGAAAUCUGUUCAAACGCAAAAAAGGCUGUAGGAAUGCGGGAUAGAUGUCAACGGUGACUAGGCUAGUGUAUGUUCAACUUGUAUGUUUUUUCCUUCGGUGACUGGGAUGGUUUUGCAAUAUGUAGCCUAGGCUAUUUCUGUGCGUAUUUUGGCUUCCAGAUUGGCUGUGGAGAGAUCGGCUUUUCCUUCUCCAUUGAGUUUCUAAUGCUAGACCAGUAACCAUAUACAUUACUGUACAUGCCAUUUUGUAUAAACUACUGGGAUUAAAAGCUUUAUUAUAAUAGACUGUUUAAAAUACUAAUUAUGUAGAUAAAUAUCUCCCUGAACUUGAUUGAUUGAUUUUCUUUACUUUCCCUCUAUACAGUAAAAACACCUGCAUUUCCCUGACAACAUGACAACAACCGAUCUGAACGUGACCCUGACAUCCCUCCUGAAUGUGUCUGAUCUCCACAAGGCAACACACGGGGGAUGUUCCCUGACCAGGACAGGCUUCCAGUUCUACUACCUACCCACCGUGUACAUCCUGGUGUUCGUCGCCGGCCUGGUGGGGAACAGUCUGGCCAUCUGGAUGUUCGUCUGCCACAUGAGACCCUGGAGCAGCAUCUCUGUAUACAUGUUCAACCUGGCCCUGGCCGACUUCUGCUACGUCCUCUCCCUCCCGUUCCUCAUCUUCUACUACUUUAAUAAGACAGACUGGAUAUUCGGGGACGUUCUCUGCCGACUGCAGAGGUUUAUAUUCCACGUGAAUCUGUACGGCAGCAUCCUGUUCCUGACCUGUAUCAGUGUCCACAGGUACACAGGAGUGGUCCACCCGCUCGAGUCCCUGGGCAGGCUCAAGAAGAAGAACGCCGCCCUGACCAGCGCCCUGGUCUGGGUCGUGGUCAUAGCGGCAAUCUCUCCCAUCCUCUACUACUCCAGGACGGGGGAGAAACGUAACGCGACCACGUGCUACGACACGACCACGGAGGAUGAGCUGCCGGGCUACUUCAUCUAUAGCAUGUGUUUGACCGUGUUCGGCUUCUGCGUCCCCUUCGUCAUCAUCCUGGGUUGCUAUGGGAUGAUCGUCAAGGUGCUGAUAUGUAAAGACAUGAACAACGGCCCGUUACGGCGUAAGUCCAUCCACCUGGUGAUUAUCGUGCUGGCCGUGUUCGCUGUGUCCUACCUGCCCUUUCACGUGAUGAAGAACCUGAACAUGCGAGCCAGGCUGUACUUCCAGGGCCCGGACAUGUGUGACUUUAAUAACCGCGUGUACGCCACCUACCAGGUGACGCGGGGGCUGGCCAGCCUCAACAGCUGUGUGGACCCGGUCCUCUACUUCCUGGCUGGGGACACGUUCAGGAGGAAGCUGUCCAGAGCCACUAAAAAACAAUCCAAGAAAGGGGAGCUUCCCCUCCAGUCCAAGAGUGAAGAGACGGUGAUCAACAGCCUGCCGGAGUACGUUGAGAACGGGGAUGGAGAGUUCUGAGAUCUGGGUCUGGGUCUGGUCUUGGUCCGGGUGGUCAGUCUGAACCUCCUACAGGGGUUUUGUGUGAAAACGUACUGUGUAUUGGUGCUGUGGACCUCGCAGACUGUGUGCACUGUGGACAGAACUGUCUGGGUGGGAAUCUAACAAAGCUGAUGGUAAUAGUUUGUGUCUCUGUAAUCCUUAUCACUAGGUAGGUAUUUUCUGAAUGUGAACGAAGUGCUCAUCCAUCCAUAACCAAACGGAAGGAGAAGGUACUAAAUAGGUUGAUCCUCUGUCGAACCAACGCUAAUGUGUUUGUAAUGGAGAGAUGGCUCUGCUAGCCACCCAGUGGAUGAAUAACCACUGCCUACUAGCAGGUGAAGUAUGGUGGCUGAUGCUAGGUGAGACACCAGGGGAUGAUGGAGAACCAUCACCUGGAGCAUGGGCCUUAUGACUGCUCUGUGGAGGUUGACAUACAGACAUUAUAAUGCACACUGAAUGUUCUGAGUGGCUUUUCUCAGACUGCUACGAAUUUAAUCAACCCCAAAGUAAUCUAGUACGGUCAGUGUAUCUCUGUGGCGUGCCCUGUGUGUCCGUGGUCUGUCUAUUCUACAUCAUAUGAAGGGACUAUGCUAGUCUCAUGUGAAUAUGACGCUAUACUGUGAUAUACAGUAAUAUACUGUUAUAUGCAGUAAUAUACAGUAAUAUACUGAAUGUGUGCUGUAGGAGUACUGUAGAGUACACGGUGUCAAGCCUGGUUAUGUUGUUAUUGUUUUGUUUUAGAAAUGUAACAAAGAUUUAUCCAGACUGUUAAAAGUUAUUGCAUGAGUCCAGUGUUAUUAUCGGGAAGCAAUUUACCAAUGACAAACCACAGCAGCCAUUUUCUAUGAAGUGUCAAACUGUUUAUAUGCAUGCAGAGAAGAAUGCACGCAGGUGACCGUGGAAUGAGUAGAACAUUCUGUUGUGUGUAAAGCAGCCAUGUUGCGUGUUGUUGGGAUUGUUACAUCCAAUCAGACGCUUAUCACCUCUCAGUGCUCUGUACACAUAUUCAAUCAAAACUCCUCUCUGUUUAGCCACCUUAGUAGGUGGAAAAAAAAUCUAGUUAAAACCUGGAGCUAUGUAUGUUAUACUAAUUCUCUGAUCUAUCAUCAUCAUCAUCAUCAUCA